UCGUGGUAACCAAGUGCUGCGUUCACCUAGAAACCAGAGCACCUAUUCUCGAAAACAUUACGCAAAGAAACCAGCUGGAAUUACCCUUGAAUGCUAUCUCCCCUACGUCAAGUUUUCGUCUCCGAUGUGUUUCGCAACAUAGGGUUUCCGUGGCGUUAUUUGGUGUGUUUGUUGUUGGGGUUUUUUUUUAAUUAUUUGUUCUUGUAUUGCAUUGUUUUUAUGUAUUUAUUUUUUUCUCCAGGACCCCGCUUAUAAUCAUUCGACGCGCAAUGUUCCUCUAACCGAGUCCGAAAUCCCUCUUCUAAAAAAAAGAAAAGAAAGGAAACCGACAACAACAUCCAUUUGAGAUGCGGAUUAAGGAGGGGAGACGCGCCGAGGGAGGCUGUGGUCGGAAGCCGUUUAAUUAUUUGGCGCUGCCGCGAAGUUAACGAAAGAUUUGCAUUCCGGGGCGUCCUCGCCGGGGGGAGGCGAGACGGGCUGUUCGCGUAGUAGUUGCCGAGACAGGUUGCUCGCUGCCGGUGAAGACGGUCUCAGCCCGGACCUCCUCCGCUCGUCGCGGCUGGGGCACCGAGGGGACUCUCCUCCGGCAGAUUUAUGAAUGGUGGCAGUCUGACACAGCGCUCGGCCUGUUUUGAUUGAUCAUGGCGGACCGGACCGCUCCCCGCUGCCAGCUGCGACUGGAGUGGGUCUACGGCUACAGGGGUCACCAGUGCCGCAAUAACCUGUACUACACCGCCGGCAAGGAGGUCGUGUACUUCGUGGCGGGAGUCGGGGUGGUGUACAACACCCGAGAGCACAGCCAGAAGUUUUAUCUGGGACACAACGACGACAUUAUCAGUUUAGCUUUGCACCCUGAUAAAAUUCAGGUUGCCACCGGCCAGGUUGGGAAGGACCCUUACAUCUGCGUGUGGGACACGUACAGCGUGCAGACCGUGUCCAUUCUCAAAGACGUCCACACCCAUGGAGUGGCCUGCCUGGCUUUUGACUCAGAUGGACAGCGUUUAGCCUCGGUGGGGCUGGAUGCCAAAAACACAGUCUGCGUCUGGGACUGGAAGAAAGGGAAAGUGCUGGCCACAGCGACCGGACACUCCGACAGGAUCUUUGAUAUUGCCUGGGAUCCGUAUCAACAGAACAGGCUUGUGAGCUGCGGGGUGAAGCACAUCAAGUUUUGGGCCUUGUGUGGAAAUGCGUUAACACCAAAAAGGGGAAUAUUCGGCAAAACUGGGGACCUGCAGACCAUCCUCUGCUUGGCCAGUGCGAAAGAUGACGUUACGUAUUCCGGGGCGCUGAAUGGGGACAUCUACGUGUGGAAGGGGCUCAACCUGGCGCGCACGGUACAGGGAGCACACGGGGCCGGGAUCUUCAGCAUGUACGCCUGUGAAGAAGGCUUCGCCACGGGUGGCCGGGACGGGUGCAUCCGGCUCUGGGACAUCGACUUCAAGCCCAUCACCAAAAUCGACCUCAGAGAGGCUGAGCAGGGAUACAAAGGAUUGUCCAUACGGAGUGUGUGCUGGAAGGCAGACCGCAUCCUGGCAGGGACACAGGACAGUGAGAUUUUCGAGGUGAUGGUGCGGGACCGGGACAAGCCACUGUUGAUAAUGCAGGGUCACUGUGAGGGAGAGCUCUGGGCCCUGGAUGUCCAUCCCAAGAAGCCUCUGGCGGUGACAGGCAGCGAUGACCGAUCAGUGAGGUUGUGGAGCCUGGCUGAUCACGCCCUCAUCGCACGCUGCAACAUGGAGGAGGCGGUGCGCAGCGUGGCCUUCAGCAGCGACGGCUCCCAGCUGGCCCUGGGGAUGAAGGACGGCUCUUUCACUGUGCUGAGAGUCAGGGACAUGACGGAAGUGGUGCACAUCAAGGACAGGAAGGAGGUGAUCCACGAGAUGAAGUUCUCGCCGGACGGCUGCUACCUGGCGGUGGGCUCCAACGACGGGCUGGCGGACAUCUACGCGGUGGCGCAGCGCUACAAGAAAGUGGGGGAGUGCAGCAAGUCCUCGAGCUUCAUCACCCACCUGGACUGGUCUGUGGACAGCAAGUUCCUGCAGACCAACGACGGGGCCGGGGAGAGACUGUUCUACAAGAUGCCGUCUGGUAAAAAUGUUACAAAUAAAGAAGAGAUCAAAGGAAUCCACUGGGCAACCUGGACGUGCGUGAUUGGGCCUGAAGUCAGUGGGAUCUGGCCGAAAUACACUGACAUCAAUGACAUCAACUCCGUGGACGCCAACUACAACAGUGGUGUGCUGGUCUCAGGGGAUGACUUUGGGCUGGUCAAGCUCUUCCGAUUCCCCUGCCUGAAAAAAGGGGCAAAGUUCAAGAAGUAUGUUGGCCACUCUGCCCACGUGACCAAUGUGCACUGGUCCCACGAUCUGCAGUGGGUGCUGAGCACUGGAGGGGCUGACCACUCCGUGUUCCAGUGGAGGUUCCUCCCGGAGGGCCUCAUAAAUGGAUGCCUGGAACCUCCUGUCCAGGAAGGAUAUGCAGAUUCCAAUAGUGAGGAAUCGGAUUCAGAUUUGUCAGACGUACCAGAACUGGACUCCGAUAUUGAGCAAGAAGCCCAGAUAAACUAUGACCGUCAGGUCUACAAAGAAGAUCUACCUCAGCUCAAGCAACAAAGCCGAGAGAAGAACCUGCCUGUCAGCUCCCUGAAGCGCGAGAGAGUGCCAGACGAGGGUCUCAGGCUACAGUUCGUUCAUGGGUACCGGGGGUACGACUGUCGCAACAACCUGUUCUAUACUCAGGCGGGAGAGGUGGUGUACCAUGUGGCCGCGGUGGCCGUCAUUUACAACAGACAGCAGCACACCCAGCGUUUCUACCUGGGUCACGACGAUGACAUCCUAAGCUUAGCCCUCCACCCUGUGAAGGACUAUGUGGCCACAGGACAGGUUGGCCGAGAUCCGUCUAUCCACGUGUGGGAUAUCCAAACUCUGAAGUGCUUAUCUCUUCUGAAAGGGCACCAUCAGAGAGGGGUCUGUGCACUCGAUUUCUCAGCGGAUGGGAAGAGCUUAGUUUCCGUUGGCAUAGAUGACAAUCACUGCAUAGCAGUGUGGGACUGGAAGAAGGGUGAAAAGCUGGCCACGGCAAGAGGCCACAAAGACAAACUCUUUGUAGUAAAGUGCAAUCCUUUUCAUAUGGACAAGCUGGUGACAGUAGGAAUGAAACACAUCAAGUUCUGGCAGCAUGCAGGUGGGGGCCUUACAUUCAAGAGAGGGACUUUCGGAAACCUAGGGAAGCUGGAGACGAUGAUGUCUGUGUGCUACGGGCGGGCUGAGGACCUGGUGUUCUCGGGAGCUGCAACGGGGGACGUCUACAUCUGGAAAGACACCCUGCUGCUGAAGACAAUCAAGGCCCAUGACGGGCCUGUGUUUGCCAUGUACUCCCUAGACAAGGGGUUUGUCACGGGAGGCAAGGAUGGAGUGGUGGAGCUGUGGGACGACAUGUUUGAGAGGUGUCUGAAGACGUACGCCAUCAAGAGAGCUGCCUUGUCUCCAGGCUCCAAAGGCCUGCUCCUGGAAGAUAAUCCCUCAAUCCGUGCCAUUACUCUCGGACACGGUCACAUCCUGGUUGGAACAAAGAAUGGAGAAAUACUGGAAAUUGAUAAAAGUGGCCCCAUGACCCUGCUGGUUCAGGGUCACAUGGAAGGAGAAGUGUGGGGCCUGGCAGCUCAUCCCCUGCUCCCGAUAUGUGCCACAGUGAGCGACGACAAGACCCUGCGCAUCUGGGAGCUCUCCUCCAACCAUCGCAUGGUGGCAGUGCGCAAACUCAAGAAAGGUGGUAGAUGCUGUGCCUUCUCCCCAGAUGGGAAAGCCCUCGCAGUGGGCUUGAACGAUGGCAGUUUCAUUGUAGUGAACUCGGACACUCUGGAAGACAUGGUGUCCUUCCAUCACAGAAAGGAAAACAUUUCUGAUAUCAGGUUUUCACAAGAUGCUGGAAAAUACCUAGCAGUGGCUUCUCACGAUAAUUUUGUGGACAUUUACAACGUGCUGACCAGCAAAAGGGUCGGCAUCUGCAAAGGAGCUUCAAGCUACAUCACGCACAUAGACUGGGAUACCCGAGGUAAAUUAUUACAAGUUAAUUCCGGUGCCAAAGAGCAAUUAUUCUUUGAAGCCCCCAGAGGGAAAAGGCAAACAAUCCGGCUAUCUGAGAUUGAGAAGAUUGAGUGGGCCACUUGGACGUGUGUGCUGGGCCCCACCUGUGAGGGCAUCUGGCCCACCCACAGUGACAUCACAGACGUCAACGCCGCCUCUCUGACCAAAGACAGGAAGCUGCUGGCCACCGGGGAUGACUUUGGCUUCGUAAAGCUCUUUACCUACCCUGCCAAGGGACAGUAUGCCAAGUUUAAGAAGUAUGUGGGCCACAGUGCCCAUGUGACUAACGUGCGGUGGUCCCAGGACGACUCCACGCUGCUCACGGUAGGGGGUGCCGACACUGCGCUCAUGAUCUGGGCCCGAGAGCCUUCUGGCAACAAGGAGAGCAAGCACGUGGACAGCGAAGAGUCCGACACGGACACCGAGGAGGACGGGGGGUAUGACAGCGAUGUUGCCCGGGAGAAAUCUGUCGACUACACCACUAAGAUCUAUGCAGUUAGUAUCCGGGAGAUGGCUGGCACCAAGCCUCACCAGCAGCAGAAAGAAAUGUCUGCAGAAGAAAGGCAGGGAAUUGUCAAGGGAUCCAGGCCUCCUGUUAGCAGAGCUGCCCCUCAGCCUGACAAACUGCAGAAGAACAAUAUCACCAAGAAGAAGAAGCUGGUGGAGGAGCUGGUGCUGGACCAUGUGUUUGGAUACAGGGGCUUUGAUUGUCGCAACAACCUGCAUUACCUCAACGACGGCGCUGACAUCAUCUUCCACACGGCUGCAGCGGCCAUGGUGCAGAAUCUGUCCACAGGCACUCAGAGCUUCUACUUGGAGCACACAGACGACAUCCUGUGUCUAACUGUCAAUCAGCAUCCUAAGUAUAAAAAUGUUAUUGCCACCGGACAGAUCGGCGAUGUUGCAGACCUUGCAGGUACCACGCCUUCGAUCCACGUGUGGGAUGCCAUGAGCAAGCAGACGCUGUCCAUACUGCGCUGCUCCCAUGCCAAGGGCGUGGGCUACGUCAGCUUCAGUGCCACGGGCAAGCUGCUGCUGUCAGUGGGCGUGGAGCCUGAGCACACCAUCACGGUCUGGAGGUGGCAGGAAGGUGCCAAAGUGGCCAGUAAAGGCGGCCACGCUGAAAGAAUCUUCGUGGUGGAGUUCAGGCCCGACUCGGACACCCAGUUCGUGUCGGUGGGAAUAAAGCACAUCAAGUUCUGGACUCUGGCUGGCGGGGCGCUGAUGUACAAGAAGGGGGUGAUCGGCUCAGUCGAGGAUGCCAGGAUGCAGACGAUGCUGUCGGUGGCUUUUGGUGCUAAUAAUCUUACGUUCACUGGUGCCAUAAACGGAGACGUGUACGUGUGGAGGGACCACUGCCUGAUCCGCUUGGUGGCCAAAGCACACACGGGCCCCGUCUUCACCAUGUACACCACCCUGAGGGACGGCCUGAUUGUCACCGGGGGCAAAGAGCGCCCGACGAAGGAGGGCGGGGCUGUCAAGCUGUGGGACCAGGAGAUGAAGAGGUGCCGGGCGUUCCAGCUGGAGACGGGGCAGCUGCUGGAGUGCGUGCGCUCCGUGUGCAGGGGAAAGGGUAAAAUCUUAGUGGGAACUAAAGAUGGUGAGAUCAUUGAGGUCGGAGAGAAGAAUGCCGCCUCCAACAUCCUGAUCAAUGGUCACAUGGAAGGAGAGAUCUGGGGCCUGGCCACUCACCCCUCCAAAGACAUGUUCAUCUCAGCCAGUGAUGAUGGGACCAUACGCAUCUGGGACUUAGCUGAUAAAAAACUGCUGAACAAGGUGAGCCUGGGCCAUGCGGCCAAGUGCGCUGGGUACAGCCCUGAUGGGGAGAUGGUGGCCAUCGGCAUGAAAAACGGGGAGUUCGUCAUCCUCUUGGUCAACUCCCUGAAGGUCUGGGGCAAGAAGAGAGACCGCAGCGCUGCCAUCCAGGACAUCCGAUUCAGUCCUGACAACAGGUUCCUGGCUGUGGGAUCCUUGGAGAGCACCGUGGAUUUUUAUGACCUGACCCUCGGCCCCUCUCUCAACCGGAUAGGAUACUGCAAAGACAUUCCCAGCUUUGUGAUCCAGAUGGAUUUUUCUGCUGAUAGCAAGUACAUUGAGGUGUCCACCGGGGCCUACAAGCGGCAGGUCCACGAGGUGCCCACAGGGAAGACCGUGACGGAGCAGUCUGUCCUGGACAGGAUCACAUGGGCCAGCUGGACCAGCAUCCUGGGAGAUGAAGUGCUGGGAAUCUGGCCCCGGAACGCAGACAAGGCGGAUGUGAACUGCGCCUGUGUCUCUCACGCUGGGCUCAACGUGGUGACGGGGGAUGACUUUGGGCUGGUGAAGCUCUUUGAUUUCCCAUGCACCGAAAAGUUUGCCAAACACAAGCGUUACUUUGGCCACUCGGCUCAUGUGACCAACAUCCGCUUCUCCUACGAUGACAAAUACGUAAUAAGCACAGGAGGAGAUGACUGCAGUGUGUUUGUGUGGAAAUGCCAGUAAAAAAGGACCCAUCUGAAGAGCUGCAGGUGAUCUCAUGUGGUGUGAAGCUGGAGGGAUUCCAAUGCCUCAAGUGUCUGGCUGCUACAAACCUGUUACUGAAAUGCUGCAUUUAAACAGUUUGGCCAACUGUGGCACAGAACUGCUGUUAAACACCGAUCAUGGAUACUGAAGGGGAGGGGUGUGGGGAACACACUGUAAUAACCUUUGCAAAUAUCACCUAGUACCUUGAUAGGCUUUCGAGCAGGCUAUGCUGAUAUACUAGUGGGAAAUAAAUAUUCCUGCUGGUCUUGACAGCUGGUAUCUCACUAUACAGUACAGAAGUCAUCUUGCCACAGUAAAUGCUGUUUUACAGAUCUUUAAAAAAAUUACCGUUUGUGUUUACAUUUUCAUCUGCUUUCUGCAGUGGAGGAGGCAGAAAAUAGUUAUCAUGCCAAUUUUUUUACAGUUUUGCCCAGGCAUUGCAGACUUCAAAUAAACCUUUCUAGCCAACCAA